UAGCGACCUUAUAGCUACUGCUGCAGUAAGCCCUUGCAAGGAACAAAUAAGUCAUCACUAUUCCGCGACUUUCUGGAGACGAAUUCAGCGUCGAUUCCUCCAUCUUCCCAGUCAAGAUUUUUUUUCCCCGGGUGUAUUAUACACUGGAGCAAGACAUCAUGCCAUCUACACGCUUCACCACGGCGUCACCACCACCUUCGGCCCCCACAAGCCCACAACACGACUUGGACGCGCCAGUCCUCGCAACACCAGAAUAUGAAUUCCACCCAAGAUACGAAGAGCCACUGUACACGGAGAUAAACAUCCCUCUUCCACACAUCCCCCAAGCAAAACCCUCCAGGCCUUCAGAGGCAUCGUCCUCGUCCUCGUCUGUAGCCUUAGGAUUGUCGUCUCCACCAGCAAAGUCCCGAGGCCGAUCACGAACCCUAUCUUCUCUCUCGCCCUUCCGACGAAGAAGCUCAUCGGUCUCAUCGCUAGGAGGUGCGAGUGGGAGUAAAGAGACGGAGGAGUGGCCGCGGAUACGCAAGGACAUUGUCAAGAGCAGAGAAGUACAUGCGAUGAUGGACCUCAAGCAUCAGAACAAGCGGGGCAGGAGCGGGACGAUUGAUGCGCUGGCUGUUGUGCCGGCUGUGCUGGUGUUGAGCGCCGAGUUGUUUACGGCUGGGGAGUAAUAGGGGAAUUAUAAGAUGGAAAGUUUAAGAUGCUGGUAUAUGGUCGCGAACACACUCGAUGGCUACGAAGAAGGGCGCAGAGGUUAUAUUCUAAGCGCUGCUCGAAAGACGGUGUAGAGGGACAUUGCUGCGUAGGGUAGCAGAGUGAGUCAGCUUCGCGGUGUAUUUGUGAUGGACC